CCAUCUCUGAAUUAGACCAAUAUAAAAAUGCACUUUGAAUAAAUGACACGGUUGUUUCACUUUUUUCAGUGCAGCUUGGAUGUGGCAAAGCCAUCAGUGCUGCUCGUAAUGCCCGCUUUGGUCAGGGAAGUGAAUCAACCUGGCUGGAUGAAGUUCAGUGUAAUGGAACUGAGUGUAUUAGAUCAGUGCUCACACAGAGGAUUUGGAGUAGAGAAUGAUGGACAUGGUGAAGAUGCUGGUGUUGUGUGCUCAAAUAAGGUUUUUUUUUAUUUGGCAAUACUUGCAGACUUGAAGACUCCCACAUUGACUUGGAUCUCCCCAAACUCUAUGGUCUCACCUGGAGAAGUCCUUCAGUUCAGAUGUACCGCACCCAGCCCAAAAUGCAUCUCUGUAGACUUCAGUUUGUAUAAAACUGGGACAUCAGUAAAGAAUCAAACUGCAGAAUCUACAACAACAUUUAAACUGACUGUAGAUGCCACACAUCAGGGCCAGUACACCUGUGACUACUCCUACAGGGAAAGUGCCUCCACAUCAUCCUGGAGCAACUCCAUCAGCAUCACCGUGGUGAACCUGCAGCAGCCCAAUAUCUUCUUCACUGCUGCUGGUGGACCAGAAGUAACAAGAGGCUACGGCUUCUCCAUCAUCUGCUCCACUGAACCUCAGUAUCCAGGAGGUUCCUUCCACUUGAAGUUCAGUGGAUCCAACAUCACCAGAACUCAGUCGGCUGUUAACCACUCAGCCGUCUUCCUGUUUUCUGAGGCAGAUUUUGUCCAUCAGGGAAACUACAGCUGUGCUUAUGAAGUUAACGUGUCUUCACGCACCUUUACCUCCACUACCACUGAGCUGCUGGAAAUCACUGUGAAAGGGAAAGUCUUCAGGGCAGAGGAGUUUGCAGAGAAACACUUUGUGGCUUCUCACGUACACGACAAGCUGAAAUAG